GAGUCAGCGCUCAGGGCGGAACGUUUGUGAGGAGCUCUGUGUUGUGUGCAGGGAGGUUGCGGACGGCCCGGCUGCAGCACCAGGAAGAACCACAGAGGGGACGGUUCGAUGGCAGAGUUGGAGAGGUUGGCGGAUGAACUUCUGGCAAAGCCCUGGAGCCCCGUGCACAUCGAGGACUCUCCCUUCCUGCUGAAGGCCUCGUUCAGCCAAGCCGCCUACAGGCUGAUGCUCUCCGAUCUCAGCAGCGUCUGGUGGGAGGAGGUCGACUCGGACAGUCUCAAGCAGAGGGCACAGGAAUUGAACAAGCGUCUCAAGGCGCCGGCGUCUGCGUUCUGCCGCCACCUCUCUGGGCUGCUGGAACCUCUGCUGAGAAACGGGGGCCGCAGAUUACUCCCCGGCUUCACGUGCCAGCGAGCCGGCAGCGGGCUCACGGUCAGCUUGAGGAGCGAACUGGCUGAAGUCCCCUUCUAUUGGGCUUUCCGCUGUGUCGAAGCCCCCCUCAGCAUGGUAUCCCACCACAUGGUCUGUCCACUACUGACCAUGAUGCAGGCUCUGCACAGGCAGACUGUGGACCUCACACUGCUCUUACAGAGGAAGGACGCUGAGAUUCUGGACUACAAGGAAAGCGGAGGCGUGCUCAGUCGUGAUCGCUUGGCCACUGAUGUUUUCAAUGCGGUGGAGUUCAAGGAAAGAUUUAUCGCAGAGGUAAGAAUGGUUGAAUUGGCAUCUUCUUCUUCUUCUUGAGUUUGAGGCAGCAGCGGUUACGUAACGGCCU